AUGAAGCUGAAGCUACCAAACCCAGGACUAGAUGACAGGAUUCCCUCUCAUGCGGAUCUGGAGAAGAUGGAGAAGGAGGAGGCUGGAGACAGGCCUAAAUGGGACAACAAAGCCCAGUAUCUGCUCACCUGUGUGGGCUUCUGUGUGGGACUUGGAAAUGUCUGGAGGUUUCCUUACCUGUGUCAAAGUCAUGGAGGAGGAGCAUUUAUGAUCCCGUUCCUUAUCCUGCUGGUUCUGGAGGGAAUCCCACUGCUGCACCUGGAGUUUGCCAUCGGUCAGCGCCUGAGGAAAGGCAGUGUGGGAGUGUGGAGAUCAAUCAGUCCCUAUCUGACUGGAGUUGGUAUUGCAUCCUUGCUUGUCUCAUUUUUGGUGGGUAUGUACUACAACACUAUCAUGGCCUGGAUCAUGUGGUAUCUUUUCAACUCCUUUCAAGAUCCUCUGCCUUGGAGCCAAUGUCCUCUUAAUGCUAACAGUACAGGUCUGGUGGAGGAGUGUGCUCGGAGCAGCACUGUCGACUACUUCUGGUACAGAGAGACUCUGAACACCUCAGCAGCUAUUGAUGAGUCUGGGGGCCUGCAGUGGUGGAUGGUGCUGGCCCUGCUGUGUGCCUGGACUCUGCUUUAUGUCUGCUGCAUCCGGGGAAUCGAGACCACUGGAAAGGCUGUGUACAUCACGUCCACGCUGCCAUAUGUGGUCCUCACCAUCUUUCUCAUCCGAGGACUGACUCUGAAAGGCUCUGUAGAGGGAAUCAAGUUCCUCUUCACACCAGAUGUGAAUGAGUUAAUGAAUCCAGCAACCUGGCUGGAUGCAGGUGCCCAGGUUUUCUACUCCUUUUCUUUGGCUUUUGGAGGUCUCAUCUCUUUUUCCAGUUACAACUCUGUUCACAACAACUGUGAGCAGGACGCCGUCCUCAUCUCUAUCAUCAAUGGCUGCACCUCAGUGUACUCUGCAACGGUUAUCUACUCUAUCAUCGGCUUCAGGGCCACGCAAAAAUAUGAUGACUGCAUGGGAGACAACAUCUUGAAGCUGAUGAAUGCCUUCAACUAUCCUGAAAACAACAUCACAGAAAGCAACUACAACGAGGUUCUGAUCCACUUCAACCAAACUAAUCCAGAUGUCAUCGCAGGAUUGCAUCUACAGACCUGCGACAUGCAGUUUUUCCUCAGUCAGGGUGUGGAGGGAACAGGUUUGGCCUUCAUCGUUUUCACAGAGGCCAUCAUCAAGAUGCCGUUUUCUCCUCUCUGGGCUGUCCUCUUCUUCAUCAUGCUGUUCUGCCUCGGCCUCUCAACUAUGUUUGGUAACAUUGAGGGAGUGGUGGUUCCUUUGCAAGAUCUCAGGGUGUUGCCCAAAUCUUGGCCUAAAGAAAUUUUUUGCGGUCUGACUUGCUUAAUUUCUUUUGCUCUGGGGCUCAUAUUUGCUCUGCGCUCUGGAAACUACUGGCUAGCUCUUUUUGACAACUUUGCAGGCUCUAUUCCCCUUCUGGUCAUCGGAUUCUGCGAGAUGAUCGCUGUUAUCUACGUUUAUGGGAUAGAUAGGUUUAACAAGGACAUUGAGUUUAUGGUCGGCCACAAGCCCAAUAUGUUCUGGCAGGUGACGUGGAGAGUGGUCAGCCCACUCAUUAUGAUCUUCAUCUUGAUUUUCUACUUUGUUACCCAAGUCACCAAGACACUCACCUAUUUGGUCUGGGACCAGGAGGCAGAGAGUUUCCCUACCCUUGAACCGCGUCCGUAUCCUUCCUGGGUCUACAUCAUCAUCUUCAUCCUGGCUGGAAUUCCCAGUUUAGCCAUCCCCGUGGUCGCCCUUCUCAAAUUCAUCCAGAGGAAAUGCUGCAAGCAGAAGGGCUACAGUAGUAACACAGUGGACACUAUCUCUGCCAAAAUACAAAUGAGUGACAAAAUUAGGUUUUAA